CGCUUGUUUACAUCUGUUUGCUACGUAUGACGACAGGUUCCUUUAUUGAUUCCGCCCCUGCCAUGAGACUAUCGCAGCGAAGUGCGCACUGACCACAGGCACUGCAAAGCAGAGUCAGAAAUGCCAGCAAAAAAAUCUUCCAGAUGGCUUAAGGAGAGGGGAUGUGUUGGUAUAUUUUCUCCCACUCUCUUUCCUCCCAACCACCAUCAUCUCGGUGAUCUUCGAGUUCAAAUCACAAAUUUUAAGCUACAAACACCGCAAACUAUCAGAUGGCUCGUACUAAGCAAACUGCCCGCAAGUCGACAGGAGGCAAGGCUCCUCGCAAACAACUCGCUACCAAGCAGACUAGAAAGAGUAUUGCGGCCGCCGCCACUGGAGGUGUGAAAAAGCCUCAUCGUUUCAGGCCUGGCACAGUCGCCCUCCGUGAAAUCAGGCGGUACCAGAAGUCCACCGAGCUGCUCAUCCGCAAGCUCCCCUUCCAAAGGCUCGUGCGCGAGAUUGCCCAGGAUUUCAAGACGGACCUUCGCUUCCAGUCGUCCGCUGUUCUUGCCCUGCAAGAAGCUAGCGAGGCUUAUCUGGUCUCUCUCUUUGAGGACACCAAUCUGGCUGCCAUUCACGCCAAGAGGGUCACCAUUCAACCCAAGGAUCUCGCUCUCGCUCGCCGUCUCCGGGGCGAACGUUCCUAAUCUACCAAUCACUCCACUGAGUGAUAAUUUUAUUUCAUAUCACGCAUUUCGUACAUGUGCUUGUAUCCAUCACUCGUGCUUCGGUUAAACGCAUGUGCUCGUACUAAGUAUAGGAUCUCUAUAUCUAGUACUAUAUGUCUCAUUACUUAUGAAUGUAUUCCAAGACUUGAAAUCAGUUCUCGGUACUCUUACUAGCAAUCGUUACUAUAAAUCUGUUGCCUUUAUGUCAUAUUAUUUCUUGCUAUAUCCUCGCACUUUACCAUGAUGGGUGAGUCUAAAAGAACAACUCAAGCCACGCUGUGCGGUAUCUUUACGUCUGGGCACUA